CAGGCGCGCGCCCGGCCGGGCCCCGCCGAACCGGACAGGGCGGCGGGCACGGCACGGUGCGGCGCCGCGGGAAAAAUAGGCAUCCUUGGUUUUUUUUUUUUUUUUAAUUGAUUUUUAGCUUCAUUUCCUGCACCCGCAUGGCGGCGCGGGGCGGCCCCGGCCGCCGUGGGAUGCCCAGGCUGGCGGCGGGUCGAGCGGGCAUGUCCCCGGUCACCACGCUGGCGCUGGACAUGGACAACCUGGCGGGGCUGGGCAGCCACUGGGAUACCCCAAAGCGGAGGGUCGCCGGGGUCCUCCAGCGACAGUGGUCCAGCCUGUCCCAAGAGUCGGUGGCCUCCGACUCCUCCCGGGAUUCAGUCUCCUCCGAGUCCUCCGAUGCGGUGCUACCCCUGCCCCUUGUUCCCACAGGAGUGGGGCUGGAUUCCCCCACGCAGGAGGACCCCGCGGUGCUGGAGGAAGUCUUUGAGAAAGCAAUCCUGGAGUCCGGGAGAGUUCUCAAAGACAAUAAGCUCCUUAUGCGGAGGAUCCACUCGCUGUCGCCGGAGCUCCUGGGGGCCAGCCCGGUCCUGAAGAACAUCUCCCACUCCCGGGACUUCAAUGGCCACAGGGCUGCCGAGCAGAGCGGCCGGAGAGAGCCCGAGGACAAGGAGGGGUUUGUCUUCAAGAAGCCUCAGAGGCCAGGUCAGCGCAGCCGGCUGCCUGCUGGCGAUGGGGCUGCGGGGAGGGACCGCUUCGCCCAGAGACCUGUCUCUGCACCUGGACUGCUGUUCAACACCCCCGAGAAGGAAAAUCUCCCCCAGGGAGAUAGCCCCAUCAUACUGCGCCGGUGCUCCUUGACCUCCUCCAUGUCUGAGGAUGAAGAUGAUGGCUUCAUGGAGAUCCUGGAUGAGGAGGAGAUGAAGAGCGAUGCCAAUGUGCCACAGGGGAUGGAGAAUCUGCUGACUGCGCCGCUGGUGAGGAAGGAGGAGGCAGAGCCGCGUCCCACGAAGCGUAGCAAGUGCCGGCAGCUCUUCCGCUCACCCUCAAUGCCCAGCAGCGUCAUCAGGCCCAUCCUGAAGCGGAUAGACCGGCCCCAGGACAGGGACACCCCUGUCAAGACCAAGCGGCGGAGGAGCGUGGCUGGUACCCCCAGUGAGGAGGCAGCAGCAGAGCCGAAAGCGUGGCUGCUGCGCUCCAGGUCCUUCUCCCAUGAGGAGAUUGAGAACCUGCUGGCCAACGACCACCAGGAGCUCAUUGGGGACUUCUCCAAGGCUUACCUGCUGCAGACGGUGGAAGGGAAGCACCAGGACCUGAAGUACAUUUCUCCUGAAAUGAUGGUGGCAGUGCUGACAGGGCAGUUCAGCAGCCUCAUUGAGAGCUGUGUGAUCGUGGACUGCAGGUACCCCUACGAGUACGAGGGAGGCCACAUCAAGGGUGCAGUCAACCUGCCGAUGGAGCAGGAUGUGGAGGAUUUCCUGCUGAAGAAGCCCAUCGUGCCCUUUGACGCCAGCAAGAGGGUGAUCGUCAUCUUCCACUGCGAGUUCUCCUCUGAGAGGGGGCCCAGGAUGUGCCGGUUCGUCAGGGAGAAGGACCGAGCCUGUAAUGAGUACCCCCACCUCCACUACCCUGAGCUCUAUGUCUUGAAGGGGGGGUACCGGGAGUUCUUCCCCCAGUACCAGACACAUUGCGAGCCCCAGGACUAUCGCCCCAUGCACCAUGAGGAUUUCAAGGAGGACCUGCGCAAGUUCCGCCUGAAGAGCCGCACGUGGGCGGGCGAGCGCAGCAAACAGGAGCUCUAUAGUCGCCUCAAGAACUUCUGAUGACUCUGGGGGUACCCCCAUAACCCCCCACCCUGCCCCCUUGGGGCUGCCAUCCGGCAACAUCUCCCAGCCCUAAAACCUAGCUCUCCCCAGCCCUCCUCUGCCGGGUGCCCUGCACGGGAUCACUGACCUCAGCAGCAGGGUGGGUUUUUAGCCCUUUUUACCCUAGAAAAGGGUAAAAAGGGUUUAGGUUUUAUCCUAAAUUGUGGCUGGUGUGGGGGAAAUGUCUGGGACUGCUCCCUCUAGCCCAGACCGUAAGUCACUGCCAUGUUAAACCUUCCUCUGGGCCUCCGGGGUGGGGGCAGAGCUGUAGCGGGUGCUGGCUGCCUCCCCCAGCUCUCCCUUCCCUCGGAGCAGGGAAUGGGGCUCCGGGGCAACCCCCCAAGCCAGUGACAGCCCCCCUCCCUUGCACCCUGGGCCAGGGCACCUGUGCCAGCUCUGGGAAAGCCAUGGGGCUGCAGCUGAGCCCUGGGAGGGGAGGGCAUGGAGCUGGUUAGACCCUGCCUGGGGCUUAAUUGCCAGAAAUGAGGCAGAAAAGCACUUAAACCUCCUCUGCAGCCCUUCUCCAGGUGGGGGCAGCUGCCUGGGGGGCGCACCCUGUGGGUGCAGUCACUGACUGCAUCAGCCUGGGUUGCUUUGGGGUUUUUUGUUGUUCGGUGCCCCCCCCC